AUGGUUUUCAUCACAGAGGACAUGGUCCGACGGCGGGCCGAGCACAACAACUGUGAAAUCUUCUCCUUGGAGGAGGUGUCAUUACAUCAGCAAAAUAUUGAGAAGAUAGAACACAUUGAAAGGUGGUGCAGGGACCUAAAAAUCCUUUACCUUCAAAACAAUCUCAUUCCCAAGAUAGAAAAUGUUGGCCGCUUGAAGAAACUAGAGUAUUUGAAUCUCGCCUUGAACAACAUUGAAGUGAUUGAAAAUCUUGAAGGCUGUGAGAGCCUGCAGAAACUGGAUCUGACAGUGAACUUUGUGGGCCGGCUGAGCAGCGUGGAGUCAUUGAAGCAGAACCUCCACCUGACAGAACUCUUCCUGGUGGGGAAUCCCUGCGCUGAGUUUGAAGGCUACAGACAUUACGUUAUUGCCUCUUUACCCCAACUCAAGUGGCUGGAUGGAACCGACAUCAGCCGGUCGGAGCGGAUCCGAGCUGGCCAGGGCCUGGUGGCGGUGAGGAGUCGUAUCCUGCAGCAGGAGGCUGACUACAUGAGGAGGAGGGCCAAAGAAAGAGAGGAGGCCCUAAGGAAAGGAGUGAGACAAGAAGAUACAGGAGGAGGAGAAAAAAGAGAAAGCUUCGGCUCUCAGAGAGAGAGGAAGGCUGGCUCUGAUGAUCACUGCUACACAGACAUUAACAACACAGUUCUGGAAGGAGAGGUCAACCAGGAGAAGUGGUCAGACAAGGAGCAGGAGAAAGAGCCAGGCCUGAUGUCAGCAGAGGAGCAGGAGGAGAAGGAGUUCUGGGAGAGACCCUGUGCCUUCACCCCAGAGUCCCGCCUGGAGGCACACCACCACCUGGAAAAGAAGAGGAAUGCAAAGGAGAAGGAGAGAGAGAAGCCACCUAAGCCUCCAAGGACCCUGAUCACUCCUGAGGGACGAGUCAUGAAUGUCAACGAACCCAAGCUGAAGUUCUCUCUAACUGAAGACGAUGACGCCAACACCAUCGUUUUAGACCUGGCGGUGUACAGACACAUGGACACCUCCCUGCUGGAUGUGGACAUACAGCCGACGUAUGCCAGAGUAAACGUCAAAGGACACAUAUUCCAGCUUGUUCUGCCUGCUGAAGUGAAGCCUGACAGCUCCACAGCCAAGCGAUCCCAGACCACCGGCCACUUGCUCCUCACUAUGCCCAAGGCUGAAGGUGAAAUCAGAGUGGAAAAGACCGUCGUCCCACGGCCACCCAAAGCACGUCAAGGCAAAGACUCACCCGAAGGAAAUAAAAGGAAAGGCAGUGGGUGCGAGAGGCUGGAGGUGGACCCCAGUAAACACACCGCCAUCGACCUUGCCAACAUCGUACAGCUCGACCGUAACGUCAAGCAGACGCCGUUGGGGAUCGCCAGGGCCCAAUCGCCGACCACCUCAGAACAAAGCCGCUUCUCUGAAGGCUUUGUGGACGACCCCGAUGUCCCCCCUCUGCUAUAA